GUUCCGCGCACGGGCAGCUCACUUCCGCUCGGCAGGUGACAGCCGCGGGGCUCGGAGCGGCCGGCUGCAGCGACGCACCGGCGGAGAGGGAGGCGGAGGCUGCGGACAUUUUGCUGCUGAAGCGAGCCGAGCCGUGGUGCCGGGAGCCGUUUGGACUUGCGGGUGAGGAAAGAGGCAGCCCGGCGAGAUAGAAGAACUGCGGGGGUCCGAGAGUCUGGCCACAGAUAAAGGACCAAAAUGACUGAUUCAAAAUACUUCACAACCACCAAGAAAGGGGAGAUCUUCGAGCUGAAAGCAGAGCUUAACAGUGACAAGAAGGAGAAGAAGAAGGAGGCAGUAAAGAAAGUGAUUGCAUCAAUGACUGUGGGCAAAGAUGUCAGUGCCCUCUUCCCUGAUGUGGUGAACUGCAUGCAGACAGACAACCUGGAGCUAAAGAAGCUGGUGUACCUGUACUUGAUGAACUAUGCCAAGAGUCAGCCUGAUAUGGCCAUCAUGGCUGUCAACACCUUUGUGAAGGACUGUGAGGACCCCAACCCCCUCAUCCGGGCCCUGGCCGUGAGGACCAUGGGUUGCAUCCGAGUUGACAAGAUCACAGAGUACUUGUGUGAACCGCUCCGAAAGUGCCUGAAGGAUGAAGAUCCAUAUGUGCGCAAGACAGCAGCUGUGUGUGUAGCCAAGCUCCAUGAUAUCAACGCCCAGCUGGUAGAAGACCAGGGUUUCCUGGACACACUUAAAGACCUCAUCUCUGACUCUAACCCCAUGGUGGUGGCAAACGCAGUGGCUGCCCUCUCAGAGAUCGCUGAGUCUCAUCCCAGUAGCAACCUGCUUGACUUGAACCCACAGUCCAUCAACAAGCUGCUGACAGCCCUUAAUGAGUGCACUGAGUGGGGCCAGAUCUUCAUUCUGGACUGUCUGGCCAACUACAUGCCCAAGGAUGACCGUGAGGCCCAGAGAGCCAUGCUGUCAGCUGUAUGGUGUCGGGCAGUAAGCUCCCUGCUCGCUGUGAACGAAGAGCUUCACAAUGGCUGUCAGCAGCUGCAGCUGGACCUGCAAGGGACAAGGCAAGGAGGGGGGUGCACAACCAAAGGAGGCCUGGUGGGUCUAAGGACAGCUCUUCCAGUCUUGGGGCUGCUGCUGAGGAACUCGGAUGUGGAGCUGGGCAUGGUACUAUCCGACAGUCCUCGUGGGCCUCUAAUGUCUCUGCCUCUCAUGCAUGUCUCUGAUCUCUGCCAGAUUGGAGACACCAACUUUGGGGCACCUCCAGCAGCAGUGACAGCAGCGACAGGAGCAGCAGCAGCAGCCAGACUUGGAGCGCCCGUCAGCAGUGGCCUAAGUGACCUCUUUGACCUGACCAGUGGCGUGGGCACCCUUUCAGGAUCCUAUGUAGCUCCUAAAGCAGUCUGGCUCCCUGCCAUGAAAGCCAAGGGCCUGGAGAUCUCCGGCACCUUCACCCGCCAGGUUGGCUCCAUCUCCAUGGCCCUGCAGCUGACUAACAAAGCCCUGCAGGUCAUGACAGAUUUUGCCAUCCAGUUCAACCGUAACAGCUUCGGCUUGGCCCCUGCUGCACCACUCCAGGUGCAUGCCCCGCUCAGUCCCAACCAGACUGUGGAGCUCUCCCUGCCUCUCAGCACCGUGGGCUCAGUCAUGAAGAUGGAGCCUCUGAACAAUCUUCAGGUGGCUGUGAAGAACAACAUUGAUGUCUUCUACUUCAGCACCUUGUACCCACUGCAUGUCCUCUUUGUGGAGGAUGGGAAGAUGGACCGGCAGAUGUUCUUGGCCACAUGGAAAGACAUUCCCAACGAGAAUGAAGCCCAGUUCCAGAUCAGAGACUGCCCACUCAACACAGAGGCUGCAAGCAACAAGCUACAAAGCAGUAACAUUUUCACUGUCGCCAAGAGGAACGUGGAGGGCCAGGACAUGCUCUACCAGUCUCUGAAGUUGACCAACGGCAUCUGGGUGCUGGCAGAGCUGCGGAUCCAGCCAGGCAACCCCAGCUUCACGGACUUGGAGCUGUCUCUGAAGUGUCGAGCACCAGAGGUGUCCCAGCAUGUAUACCAGGCCUACGAGACUAUUCUCAAGAACUGAAGUCCCUCCAGCAUCCACCCCAGCCUUCUGCCAGCCCUAUUGUGGAGCCCCUGUGGGUGGCAGUACCUCCUCCUUUCUUUGGGGAAAGGCCGGGUGGGCUCUUGACCAUCCAGGAAGCUCCCUUGAGCCUAAUUGAGGGCCCGGAGCAGGGCCAUGCCCCUCCUGGAGUGGUUAUCUCUGUGUAUCUCCAGUGGCUGUUUUUCCAUUGCUGUUGAUGUGGGAUCAAAGGAAAUGGAGCCAGCAUAGCAGCAGAAGCUGGACCGGAGGCUACAGGGUGCUCUUCCUUCUCCCUUUGCCUGGGGGUGAGCAUGGAACUCCCUUUGGGGUCCCAGCCCAUAAUCCCUGCCCUGUCUCCCCAAUGAGCCUGUCCUGGGUAGAGUCUGGGUGCCAAUAUUACUGCUCUGUCACCGUCUUGGGACUCCAGGGCAGAUACGAGCGCAGAGGAGCAACCUGGGCCAGCACUAUAUACCCCAUAGAUACCAGUUGGUGCUCUGUGACGGCCUGCAUGGUCCAGAGCCAUCUGGAAUUCUGUUCCCUCGUGCCCUGGAGGAUGGUCACUGCCUACAAAACAUUCCUUGGUGUCCCCUCUGUGAGUUCAGGGCUCUUAGAACAGAAAGAGUGAAAGGCGGGGCAAGCGGCAGUGGAAAUGCUUCCAGUGUGGGGCUCCUGUGGGUUCUCCAGCAUCCGCUGCCCUCCCCUGGCUCCCAGUCUCAGUGUGUAUAACAGUGAUAGGUUUUCCCGUCACUGCUCUUUGAUAAUAAAGAGAUUCUGCUUUUGGCAGUCAUGCACACUUCUUUCCCUCUACAAAGAAAGACCGGCCUAAGAAACUGCUUCUGGUGGCUGGGGAUAAUGUCUGACCCUACAGUAAUUAUAUCUAAUACGUAUAAAUAGAGAAUAUAUAUUGUAUGUUUACUCUUAUUUUCAAAAAGAGAAAACGAAUAAAAAUGAUGACGUCAA